UAUUCAUCUUCUUCUUCACACUCUUUCUUAUAUAGCAGGGUGAGGAUUUAAAAUUUUUAAUUCAAGGGAGUAUUGGACGGAUGAGGAGGAGACAAGAGGUGAUGGUCAUGGCCGUGGGGGACAUCCCUGAUGGGCAUAAAUUAUUUUAUAACACUCAAGAGUUUAUUGCGAGCCUUUUGUGGCCUAUGCGCAGCGAGAAUCAUAAGCGAAAGAGAAAAAGCAAGACGACAUAGCUGACUGGCUUGAAGCAAUCUCUCUCUUUCUUCUCAACAAUGGCUUCUGCUUCCUUGUACAACCCCUUGACGUCCCUCUGCUACUCCAAAUCGGAGCUUCGUUCGAACAAUCAGGUCCCGAAGCAGCCUCGGGUGGCCCCUGCGCCUCUGAGCCCGAACCAUUCUAAGUCCGUGAAGCUCUCUUUCUCUGUAGCCUGCAAAGCCGUGUCUGUAAGGCCCCAAAAAACUGAGACAGAACGCCUCAACAUUGCUGAAGAUGUGACUCAGCUUAUAGGGAAGACACCGAUGGUAUACCUGAAUAAUAUUGUAAAGGGAACUGUUGCAAACAUUGCUGCUAAGCUUGAGACCAUGGAACCAUGUGCCAGUGUCAAAGACAGGAUAGCUUACAGUAUGAUAGCUGAUGCUGAGCAAAAAGGGGUUAUUAUUCCCGGGAAGAGCGUUCUGGUGGAGCCAACAAGUGGAAACACUGGCAUUGGUCUUGCAUUUAUAGCUGCCUCAAAAGGAUAUAGACUCAUAUUGACUAUGCCGGCUUCAAUGAGCAUGGAAAGAAGGGUUCUUUUAAAAGCAUUUGGAGCAGAGGUCAUAAUAACUGAUCCAGCUAAAGACAUGAAAGGAGCAAUUGAAAAAGCUGAAGAGAUUUUGAAUAAAACACCAAAUGCUUACAUGCUUCGACAAUCUGACAAUCCUGCAAAUCCUAAGAUACACUAUGAAACUACUGGUCCAGAGAUUUGGGAAGAUACAAGAGGCAAGGUGGAUAUCUUUAUUGCUGGAAUUGGAACUGGUGGAACCAUUUCUGGGGUUGGUAGGUUCCUUAAAGAGAAAAAUCCUAGAACAAAGGUUAUUGGCGUGGAACCUUUGGAAAGCAAUAUUCUAUCGGGCGGAAAGCCUGGUCCUCACAAAAUUCAAGGGAUUGGAGCUGGUUUUAUACCCAGAAAUUUGAAUCAAGAUGUGGUUGAUGAAAUAGUUGAGAUAUCAAGUGAUGAAGCUUUUGAAACGGCAAAGAAGUUAGCACUCAAGGAAGGCUUAUUGGUGGGAAUUUCUUCUGGAGCGGCUGCCGCUGCUGCAAUGAGGGUUGGAAAGCGAGCUGAGAAUGCAGGAAAGCUUAUUGCGGUUGUAUUCCCCAGCUUCGGCGAACGAUACCUCUCAGUUCUUUUCCAGUCAAUUCGUGAAGAAUGUGAGAAAAUGCAACCUGUGCUGUGAAAAUCCUUCUGCCCCGAGAAACCUCUGAGACACAAAUUGUUGGAGAGAAAAAAUUUUGGUGAUCAACACAAACAUCAUUGGUUCUUAUUAUAGCUUUUCUUCCUUUUCCCUUUGAUAUCUGAAUAUACAUUUUGCUCUCUUUAUCCUCCAGGUGUGCCUGCAGGAUGCAUGGUGGUCGAACAUUCUCCAUUCAUGACUGGUUUCUUCCUAUUUGAAAGUUCAUAAUUUUAUUGCUGAAAUUGUUAGUAUGCAUUUCACUUGCAGCUUUGAAUGCAAGAAGAUUUUAUUUUUCGUUGAAAUGUUUCCCCUCUGUAAAAUAUUUCUGUGUUUGGUUAAUAGUAAAAUGCUUUCUAUAACAACCUUUUGCCAAUGAA